UGUACCACGUUGGAGGUUCGACACUCAACAAGUACAAGGACAAGGUGCAGGACGUGGUCGAGUUCACCUUUGUUAACACAAGUCGGGAACAUGCGGGGAGAUAUCAGUGCCAGUACCGGGUGCCUGAGUCAGAGGAGAUAUCAGAGAAGAGUGAUCCCGUGGAGCUGGUGCUGACAAAUCACGGCUUUCCACCACCUGGCAUCUCCCUUCAAGGAAAGGAACGUGUGGGAACAGGAACCAAUGUCACUAUCCACUGCUGGAACAAGGACUAUGGGGCUGCCUUCCUCCUGCACAAGGAUGGGCGCUCAGCCCCUAUCCAGCGCCAGGACCGGGAUGGUGGGGGCACAGCCACCUUCACCCUCCUUGGGGUGACCCCCUCUGACGCUGGUACCUACAGGUGCUCCUACCAUCCCAAAGACUACCCCUUUGUUUCCUCACGUCUUGGGAGCAGCGUGACACUGGAGGUGACACCCACAGCCGCAACCCCAGGUAGGUCUGAGCCCCCUGUUUGUGUGAAUCCCCUGCCAUGGACAGGUGGCUGUGUCACUGCUUCCAGUCUGCAUGGGGGUUGUGGAUGGCAACAGAGACACCCACACCCCCAGACCCCACAGGAUCUGAGGAGUGGUCCAGAGCGAGUCUAGUGAUAGCACUGCUUAGGGUCUUAUUUGCUGCACUUGUCUUCGGCGUUGGAGUCUUCUUUGUCAUUGAUGGCCGCAGCGUCUGGAUACAGAGAGAUGAGAACUGUGGUACCCCAGUGAUCAUGAGCAUCUGACCUGCACCGAGAGUCAUGCUGUGACCCCUGGUGCUUGGCCACCCGGGGCAGCUGCCACUGCUCAGCCCCCCAUUAACUACAGCUAAGUGGGCACUGGGGGACCACACUGAUAUCCCCACACCUCUGGUGCAUCAUUUUUAAGGUGCACUGAAAUGGACACACCCCAGAUUCCCCUGAAUGGAGCUCCCUGAAACUCUGGUCCCCCCCUUACACUCCCAAA